GGAAAGCCUAUGAAUUAAUUAUGGGCAUCCUUGGUUCAUUUUUUUCAAAAAUAAAAAGGCAUCCUUGGUUCAUCUUGAAGGUGUAGUGGAUUGACCCAGUGUUCCUACCAAAAAAAGGAUUGACCCACUGUGUUGCCUUGUUCAUUCUGCUAUGCUGCAUGGUAGCAAAGACUUUCAGUUUUUCAAAUAAUAUUUUGCUUGGUGGAGACGCUUUCUCCACCUUUUUCGAUAAAAAGAAAAAGAAAAAAAAUCUAAAGCAACAAAGCAAUCAACCCAAAAAAGAAAUGCGCCAUCAGUGCAUCUUUUUCCCUUGCUGCUAUUCAAAUUAGUCCUGAGCUCUUUCAUCAGAUCUGCUGCAAAUCACCUUCGUCUGGGUAACCAUGGCUCUGGUCUUCCAUGCUGGAAAUACUAAUAGUAAUGCCUUCAAGACGCUCAUUGCUGCAGAGUACAGUGGAAUCCCAGUUGAACUGGUCAAGAAUUUUGAGAUGAGUGUCACUAACAAAACUCCUGAAUUUCUUAAGAUGAAGCCUCUGGGGAAGAUUCCUGUGUUGGAAACUCCUGAUGGUCCUGAAUUCGAGAGCAAUGCCGUAGCUCGCUGUGUUACUCGUUUGAAGACUGACAACCCGCUUUAUGGUUCUUCCCUGAUUGACUAUGCUCAAAUUGAGCAGUGGAUUGAUUUUUCAACAACUGAAAUUGACUCCAAUAUUCGUCGUUGGUUAUACCCACGAUUUGGACUUGCGCCAUACCUUCCCCUGGUUGAGGAAGCUGCCAUUUCUGCUUUGAAGAGAGCUGUAGGUGCUUUGAACAUGCAUCUUGCUUCAAACAUAUGCUUGGUUGGACGGAUUGUAACUCUUGCUGACAUCAUCAUGAUCUGCAACUUGUGGCUUGGAUUCGUCCAUGCAAUGACUAAAAGCUUCACCUCGGAGUUUCCACAUGUUGAGCGGUACUUCUGGACAACGGUUAACCUGCCAAAUUUCCACAAGAUAUUGGGUGAGGUAAAGCAGACAAAAGCUGUUCCACCAUUUCAGUUAGCAAACACAGAAGUUCCACCAAUUCAGUCAGCGAAGACAGAAGCUGUUCCACCAUUUCAGUCAGCAAAGAAGCCUUCUCAGCUGAAAAAUCCUGCAAAACCUAAGCCCAAGAAUAAACUUAAAGAAAAGGAAAAGGAAGAACCUGCAAAGAUGAUAUUGGAUAAAUGGAAGAGGCUCUACUCGAACACCAAGACCAAUUUCCGUGAGGUUGCCAUUAAAGGUUUCUGGGACAUGUAUGACCCUGAGGUAUACUCUCUCUGGUUUUGUAGUUACAAGUACAAUGAUGAAAACACUGUAUCAUUCAUCACCCUUAACAAGGUCAGUGGUUUCUUCCAACGGAUGGAUCUGGCUCGUGAAUAUGCUUUUGGCAAGAUGCUAGUUAUUGGCUCAGAGCCACCAUUCAAGGUGAAGGGGUUGUGGCUCUUCCGUGGACAAGACAUACCUCAAUUUGUGCUUGAUAAGUGCUAUGACAUUGAGUUUUAUGAGUGGGUGAAAGUUGACAUCUCGGAUGAGGCUCAGAAGGAGCGUGUUAAUCAGAUGAUAGAAGAUCAUGAACCUUUUGAGGGGGAGGCCCUACUGGAUUCUAAGUGUUUCAAGUGAUGAGAAAACUGCUUCCAUCAACGCUUUUUGCUUAAUGGUGGCAGGGACCAAUGAAGAUGAUCACACGUGUGAUUUUUACAAAUGUACAAAAAGAUAUGGAGGACAUCAAGGAGCUGUAUAAUAAGUGUUACUCUUGAGCAUGCCAUAGCCAAUGAAACUUCAGGGACUACAAGACUGAAGGAACUUCCACUAUCCCCUAAUAGAUCCCCUAGGGGGAAGAAACUAAUUGUUCAAUUUAUGUAUAUUUUACAAGAACAAGGUUCGGAUUGUGCAGGCUAGUGAGGUUUAUGGUUUGGUAUAUAUCGAACAACUUUAUCAUCAAAAUCGAACCAUGCUAGGGAAGAUUCUUUUUCAAUAUAUUGAAACCAUAUUGGUUGUUCUUCAAUUUUAAA